AUGCCUGCCCCCGCCAAACGGUCCCUCUCUAGUUCACAACACCUGGGAGACGAGGCGGAAGAGGGGCGGGCGGAGGAGGAGGAGGCGGAGGAGGAGGAGGAGGAGGAGGAGGAGGAGGAGGAGGAGGAGGAGGAGGAGGAGGAGGAGGAGGAGGAGGAGGAGGAGGAGGAGGAGGAGGAGGAGGAGGAGGAGGAGGGGCGAGGAGAAACAGAAGAGGACAAGGAGGGACGGGAGGAGGGGGAGGAGGAAGAGGAGGGUGAGGAAGAGGAGGGGGAAGGGGAGAGGGGGAUGUUUCCGGCCAAUUGGAGCAGCAUUCGUCGUCGUCUAGUGGCCAGCCGCCUUCUCACCGUCAGCUGUUGCUUGGAACCUUCCUGGGACAGGAACCGGUCCGCUUCCUGUGGAUUUUCUCGCAUCCUUGAGCUCCGCUCUCCGCCUCUCCACGUCCGCCCGCUUCUCCUCCACAUCACGCUGGGCACCCGCCACGUCAGCACGCAGUUUGUCCAGCUCAGCGCGCCGGGCGGCGACCCGCGUGUGCGCGGCGACUAG